CGAAUAUUUAAAAUACGUCAACCAUUUGACGAGCGUAAUUUUACGCAUAAGGCUUUCUACGGUGAAAUAAAUCAAAAGGAACACGAUUGGAUAAUUGAUAUAAUAGCUCGUUAUACAAGAAUCACGAAGUAUGUAGAGUUAAUAAAUGAUCUUUCCAAGAUGAUUUACUUAGUUGGAAUGUCAUUUGAAGUGAUCCUCAUGUUUUUUAAUAUCCUUUAUAUAUUGCAAUUAUCUACGAUAUUACAAAGUGUGAGUGAAACAAUUGAAUGCACCACUAUAAUUUGUGUGUCUCUAUUGGGUAUAUAUAUUAAUUUUUACAUUGGACAGAUGCUCAUUAAUCACAACAAUGCAACUUUCCACGAAUUAUGUCAGGUACCGUUCUACGUGCUAUCGCUAAAAACUCAAAAGCUGUUGUUAUUUAUGAUAGCAAGAUGCAUGAGACCGUGCGAACUUUCAAUCGGAGGUAUAUUCGUGGCAUCUCAUGAAAUUUUUGCUGGGUUAAUUCAAAAAGCAUUUUCAUUUGCAAUGGUAUAUUAUAAUCACUAUAGUUCGAAUAGUUAGAUCGACAAUAAAAAUUUUGAAUCUAUUAAAAGUCAUCGAAGAUUUCAUUGCUUAAGAUAAAAAUAAAAUCUGUUCACUCCUUUGAAAUUCACCGAAGAUAUUAGAUUUUAAAGUUAACCAAUUAUAAA